UAAAGGACACUUUUUUUAAAAUAUCACAUUUAAGAAUUGCACCGUGGACAAGGGAGGCGCGUUUGCCCCACGCCCCGGUGGCGAAAAAAAAGUAAGAAAAAUACUGGAGCGAUCUUGUAACACUCACUCUCAAGUAAGAAGACCCCCAAAUCCCGGAAAAAUAAAAAUCAUAAGGAAAAGCAUCAACAACAGUGCCCACAAUAAAAAGCUGAAAAGAGAGAGAGAAAAACAAGAUCCACCUCGAACCUCUCUCCACACUCCACCCUUCGUCACCACCACCACCACUCUCACACCCUCUAAUCGAAUUCUUCUCCCAAAACGAAUCAAAUCCCAAUCUUCGCCAUCCCAUCCACACCCUUUCCUUAAACCGUUAAAUUUCCAAACAACAAACAAGAACAAGAAUUUCCUCCAAUUCGAGAAAUGAGGGAAGAGGAUUCCAAUUGGUUUUCGCGAUGGGAAGAGGAGCUUCCUCCGCCAGAGGAACUCAUGCCCCUAUCCCAAACCCUAAUCACGCCCGAUCUAGCCAUGGCUUUCGACAUCAGAAACCCCCACACCUCCACCAACCCCAACACCGCCCAACAGCAUCAACACCAACAGCAGCCACCGCAACAACAACAACAACAGCAACAACCUUCCAACCCUUCAUCGCUCCCCAACCCCCAGCAACCCACCUCCAACGACUUUGCCGACUCCGGCGAGCUCGGCUCCGGCACCGCCGGCGAGGAGCCCGCUCGAACCCUCAAGCGCCCCCGCCUUGUGUGGACCCCGCAGCUCCAUAAGCGCUUCGUCGACGCCGUCGCGCACCUCGGCAUAAAAAACGCCGUUCCCAAGACCAUAAUGCAGCUCAUGAGCGUCGAUGGUUUGACCCGAGAAAACGUGGCCAGCCACUUGCAGAAGUACCGUCUCUAUCUCAAACGCAUGCAGGGGAUUUCCGCCGCCGGACCCGGUGGACCCGGAGGCGGUGCCUCCGGCGCCGUCGCGGACCCCGCCACUGACCACCUCUUCGCCAGCUCCCCGGUGCCGGCGCAUUUCCUGCACCCCGCGACGAGGCCUAAUUCGGAUCAUUUCCUUCCGUUUGUGCCGGUGCCGGCGCUCCACCACCACCAGCAGCAACAGCAGCAGCUGGCCGCGGCGGCCCAGUACCAUAGGCAGGUGAGCCAUUUCGGGUCGCCGCCGAACGGGCACUUCGAGAACCCCUUCAUUUCUAGGCCGAAUCUUCAGAGGAUGGGUGGGGGUGGAGGUGGAGGUGGUCCUGUGCAUAACCACCACCCUGUGAGUGGCUAUGUGGAGGAUAUGGAAUCUGCUAAUGCUGCCUCAGGAGGUAGAAAGGUUCUUACUCUGUUUCCAACUGGGGAUGAUUGAUUGAAUGAAUAUUCAUCAUAUAUGAUGACGAUGAUGAUCAUGAUGACGAUGGUGAUGGUAAUAGUACGGUACUCUUUGGUCUUUUGGUAUGUGUCACUGUGUCCUUGUUGUAUUCUGAAUGUGAAGUUUAUGUUUGGUUAAGGUCUUAAUUGGUAUUUUUGUGUUAGGGUUAUUGUUAAUGAGUUUGGUGUUGCUAAUUGGGGGUAUUGGAGUCUAGAGUUUAAGUCUGCAGAUUCAAAAGCUCCAGCAGUCAUGAUACUUCUGGUGGGUAUGGUGUAAUUAAUUAAUAACCUUGUGGGUACCAAUAUCCGCCGCUGCUUGGGUUAACUUCUCCGUCAGCUUCAGGUGACUGACAUUCAUCAUGAUGUCACUGUUGAGCGGCAAUAGUAAUGCAACUGCCAGUAAUUCUGGGAGACAAUCAGUGGUUUCCUGGUGUUGAGGCUUCCUCUGAUUCUCUGGGAAUUGGUCUCUGGCUGGAUGAAAUCUGGAGGAUCACUGAAUGGAUGGAUUUGUGUUGGUAUUCAUGGAAAGAUUGGCAAAAGAUGCCAAUUUGGUAUUUGUGUCUGCAGGUGGUAGUAAACACGGGUUACACUUUGUAGAAACUAAUGGAAGCUAAACUCAUUGGCGUGUUUGGUUGUGAAUUCUUCGACUAAGUCCGAGAACCUCUAUUGCGAAAGACUUGUCUCCUUGGUGUUGAGUUUGUUGUGCUGCGUAGAGGUGAGUUGUACAUUGUUUGAUUCUAUAGAAGACUUGAAUGCCUCAUGUGAGGCAAUCCUUUAAUAUUCUAAUCUUACUGCCGCGUGGGGUCUAUAUGUUAGAUGAACUCAAGUAAAUCAGUUUCCAUAAUUUCUAGGUUUACCUGCUUACGAAAACAAUAAGUUCAUGUUUACUUAAUCAUGUAAUUCUCAUUUGACUGGAAUUCUCUGAUUUUCUUUUGUACCGGGACUCCUCUGAAGUCUUUUAAUUUGAUGAUUAUGUUUUUAGA